AUGGAUCUGGCUUACGAUUACAUUCAGGAGAGCUCGCUCCCUAAGGAUGCCGACAAGAAGACGGGCGACGCCAAAGACUCUAAUCCCGAUCAGCCGCAACAUUCGCUCAAUGAUGAACUUCAGGAGGCGUACAAGGCCAUAUCAUCUAGCGCCUGGGGCAUGCGAAUUGGUGGUUUCUUGGGAAAUGCUGUGAAGCAGGGACAAGUAGUCUACAAGGAGGCUUCCAAGGAAGUUACCGAACUCGGCGGAGACGCUGCCAAGGGCUUCACGUCCAUCAUCAGCCGCACUCGAUCGCUGACCGUCAACACGGCGCAAGGAGAGUCUUCUGGGGACAAGGGCAAGGAGACCGACAGCCAGACGACGCCGACCAAGACUCGAGACCAGGCAUCGGACGAGGAGGCUAUGAGCAGUUCGGAGAACUAUUUGGCGAGGCUCCGCUCUGAGGCUGCCAAACGGCUCAAAGACUUGCAAAAAGCCGAAGACGCCGCCGACGAGGCUCUCCUUCGUUUCGGCACCAACAUUAGCAACUUCCUUAAAGAGGCGGUCAGCAUCGCGCCGCCCUCGGAUUCCAACAACCAAGGAAGCACUGUUAUGUUCGAGAGCAAGGAUGCACAAGGGAAACGCGUCAUUCAUACUUCGCGGCAGGACGCCCAGCUGCACGUCAUACACACGAGCACCGAGGGCUUCGCAAAGGACCCCGCGACGGAGGAAUUUACUACAUGGGCCAAGGCUUUUGACGUUGAGAAGAAGACGGCUGAGAUAAGCGACGACUUGAACAAAUACCCCGAACUGCGAACGACGAUGGAGAAGCUUGUGCCCGAUCAGGUUCCUUAUGCUGAAUUCUGGAAGAGAUACUACUUCCUCAGACACGGUCUCGAGGCCGCCGAGACCCGACGACGUGACUUGCUCAAGGCUGCAUCUGCCGAAGACGAAGUUGGUUGGGACGACGAUUCUGAGGAUGAGGCUGCCCGUGCUCCGACUUCUGCCCCGACUUCUGCCCCGACUUCUGCCCCGACUUCUGCCCCGACUUCUGCCCCGACUGCUGCUCCUGCUGCUCCUGCUACUCCUUCUGCUUCUGCUUCUACUUCCACUGCCCCUGCUGCCUCUGCCCCUACAUCUGCCCCUGCUCCUGCUCCAAAGGCCGAGCAGAAGCAAGUGCGCCCCGCAUCGGUCGAAUCCUCCACCACGAUCCAGCCCCCCCCCACACAGACCUCCGGCCUCAAACCUGCCGCCGAGUCCCGUAAGUCGAACGACGAGAAGUCCCAGGCCGACAGCGACACAAGCUACGAUGUUGUGGGUGCCACAUCCGGUGUGCCCAGCCAGGCUCCCAAUAGCCCCAAGGAUUCCCGCAAGGCCGACGAUAGCGACGACGACUGGGAUGCACCGGUUUUCUUUGUGACCAAGUCGGAUUCUCUUCUCUCGUGCUCGGAUUAUUUAUUUCUUCUUCCUCGUGACUGUGGUGAAUCCAUCCUCGUCCACCUCUGGUUCCGGCUUUUCCUUGGGCGCACGAACGAGCUGCGGGGCGUCGUCCAUGUCGACGUCGUCAUCCUCAUCGUCCUCGCUAUCGUCCUCCCAGUCGGUCUCCUGGUCCCCGCCCUCGACUUUCUUGUAGAGCCCCUCAACCUUGGCGCCCUUGCGGCUUUCCCACUUCUUGCGGAGGCUGUCAACAACGUCCAAGUUGCCUUUGGCUAUGUCUCCCCUCAGCUUGAUGAUCUGCUCGGCGACGUCGAAGCCGGUCUCAUCGUCGACGUUGACCUCGAACUCGUCCAGCAUGACCUGCAGCAGCAUGGUCUCGACGUACUCGGUGUCAGGCUCUUCGGGGGCGAUGGCGGCGGGGACGGCCUGACCGUUUGUGAUCUUGGAGUAGGCGGGGAAGGCCUCGGCGACCGCGCCGGCGAACCAGUCUCUCUUGUCGGCGGAGUCUGGGCCGCCCCAGUGGUUCUGUACGGCGAGGGACAGGGCCGGCCACAUGUGCAGCGACAGGGCAACGGCCUGCUCGAAAGCCGACUGGCAGGCCUCUGGAGGAGAUGUUAG